UUUUAUAAAAUAUCGUUUAAAGAUAGUUCAAAAUUAACGAGCUUAGCAGUUUCAAAGAGAGACCUGCAAUUUAUUGAAUGACUUUUUUCCUCAGCACCUCUGACAUCGCGAUAAUGUGUCUGAGAAAACAUUAUCCAUUGUAAUCCUAUUUUCCGCGGUCUUUCUGUUGGCGACAUCCUAAAUCGUCCGAUCUUGUUAUAAAUGAAUCGGCUUUUUUACGGUUGUCAUAAAAAUGCGCUAAACAAAAAUGAGAUAAUGGAAUUGACUGCCGUUAAAAGCUGUGAUUCUGAGAAAUUUCCGUCAACAAUUUCGCUGGACUAUUAGACUGAGGAAGUUUUAACAAGAUUUGCCAUCAUGCCGUAUACAGUACAUGGAAUUAAAUCAUGGCGCUUAUAGAUAAAUGCGCUGGCGAUUGACUGCUGAAAAUGAUCUAAAAUUUCACACUUUUCCCACCAGACUGCAGAUAUCAGGAAAUACUACUUUCAAAAAUUCCAAGCAAAGCCUUAUUUUCCGUGUUGACGUUUUGCCUACGUUUUUUCAGUUUCCCACAGCCACUACACCUUUAAAUUAUGCAUUGUGUCUCAGUCCAUUACUUGUUCAACCAAUUUCCAUAUUGUUUACCAGAGAUUACAAUUGUUUUCACAGUAAAGUACACUCUUAUUUGUGAUUUAUUGCCCAUUUGCCAGACAAUCAAUUUACCCCUCACCGCUGCCGUGAAUACAAAAGACUCAAAGUAACAAUGUCGUCAGUCUCUCGCGCGAUCCCUUUAAAUCCGCCCUCGCCUUAAAUUUCCUUGUGGGCACGAUGUUGAAUUUAAUUACACCCUGAUUACACAUUCAAUUUAAAAUAUCGUGUUAGUGCGAAGUUGAAUGGAAGAAUAGAUCAACCUGCACUCAAACUGACAGGCAACUCGGCGGAGGCAGACCGACACACAUGAUUUUUACAAUUACCGCGCCGAACAAUGGAGCAUCAAGUAUUAAUAACAUAAAGGAGUCGCCGAGAAGGUUCGUUCUCUUGACACCAAGCUGAUUGCCACAUUCCCACUUCAGUCCAGGAAAGCGAAAAUUUUCGAGUUCACCGUCAUACAAGCUUGUACAAAAAUCUUGUCAAUCGGAGUUGAUAUCACGAUGAGUCAAAACCAAUCGGAGACAGACCCUGUGAAUCCCUGCCGAUUUAUAACCGACUCUGUCGAAGAUCCCGAAUACUUGUUCGUCCAUAAUCUUAUUUGUUCUAUUCUGAACUGCGUGUUUCUCCUUCCUGGCAUCUUUGGAAAUGUACUGGUUAUUUUAGCGGUAUGGAAGACGCCAUCGCUUCAAACUCCCUCCAAUGCGCUACUGUUGUCUUUAGCCACGUCCGAUCUGGCCGUCGGACUGUUAGCCCAACCGGCGUUUUCGGCCUGGCGCAUCUCACAGAUGGCAGGCGAUAUUAAGGUGCACUGCGUGGCAGGGGUAGUGUCCGAAUCUUUCGGCUGGCUUCUCGCCGGAGUUUCCUUAUUUACCAUCACUGCAAUCAGCGUCGAAAGAUUCUUAGCCGUUCACCUUCAUCUGCGAUACCACGACGUUGUGACCAGGCGAGGAAUCGCCAAAGUAGUCCUGAGUUUCUGGUUGCUCUGGAUAACGAUCACUAUACUAAGAUUUUUUGUCGUGAACAGGAAAAUACUUCGAAUAAUCGCCGUCAACUUCCUGGUUAUAACAUCCGCGAUAAUGUUUCUUGCAUAUAUCAUGAUUUAUAGACUGGUACGCCGACAUCAGUUGCAAAUAAGGCGGCAGUGUUUCACGAGAUCGCCUGAUGACAAUCGUAACAAGGACAUUGAUAUGGUACGAUAUAAGAGAUCCACAAUAACCAUGUUAUACAUUCUAGGGUUUUUUCUCCUCUGCUACUUUCCAUUUCUACUCGUUAUGUUGGUGGAACUUGCCACUGGAGAAACACUUCAAUCAAAGGCCGCCUAUCUCUACACGGUAACAUCAAUUUUUAUCAACUCGGCAUUAAAUCCUUUAAUUUACUGUUGGCGCAUGAUGGAAAUACGAACGGCGAUACGGAAAAUAAUUACCUCCGGAAAAGUCAACUCUAUAGAACCAGAGAAGAGUUUUAUUGUUACUAAAAAAGGCCCAUCUCUUGAACUACAGACUAUACAGCCGUCAUUCGUUACAGGAAAUGGAGGGUUACACGCCAGUAACCAGUCGAUCAAUUCUAGAUCUGAUUUAAUUAACUCAUCAAUUGCGAAAAACAAGUGAUGUAAGCUGGGAGUAAAUCAUCUUCCGCUAACAUAUAGACGAGAAAUGCACGCAACUCAUUCGGCAAAAAAAAUAAUUAUAAUAGUAACAAGACAAGCGCCAAUGAUGCCUUGAUUAGGUAUAGAGAACACCACCCAUCCCCGGGAGAGAAAACACUGGCUUAAUUUAAGAUCUAGAAUUAGACUCGGAAAAAACCCAAUACUCAGUAGUCUGUUUGUCACCCAUUGCCUGUUCAACCUCUUGCGCACAUGACUGUAUGAGAUGCGCAUGUAAAUUAUAGGUAAGAACUCGGAAAAAAGGGAAAAAAGGAAACAAUUUAUAACAUCGGGAUAUCAUUUUUAUUUAUCUUGGUUUUUACAGCACUUAACAUUAUCAAAGAUGUCGUAUUUCCAUGAGUAUCCUUUGAAACAUGUGUCAAGUUUGAAUAAUUAACAAUUAUUCACCGAAGUGGAGGUGAAUAGUACCUGCUAUUCACCUCCGAGCUAGCCAAUCAGAAUGCGCGGAAAGCUAUAUUCACUUGUGUGGUAUAUACUAUUAAAAUGAAUUACAACAUCAUUCACCCUCGUCCUCAGGGCGCUUCUCUCUUCGAAAGUGAGAAGGUCGGGAAAAGUCUCUAGAUUCGGCCGGUGGAUUCUUCCAUUUCAUUUUUUUCCCUUGAUUUUUCCAAUAUUUACCAAAUAAAGUAAGUUACGCAGAUAAAUUUCGAUUAAAAAUGCUGCAAAAAUGUCGAAGAAGUCCAACUGUUUCUUCUUGAAAUCUAUUUAUUUGUUUGUUUCUUUUUUGUGUGUUUGUAUCUCCUGAGUCUCCAGUUUUCCCACCUUUUCCAUUCUCGGAAGGGAACGUGCCCUGGGAAUGAGCUUGCGUUUUGUGUUCUUUUUCCAAAAGGGAAACUCCCUGCCUAUAAAAAGCCUCUUCCAGGUUAUCCCUAUACAGCAUAUAUAAGUAGACCUUCCCAUAAAGCACCGCUCAAACUGACUAGGUUAUCAAUUAUGAAAUGCUAUCAAGUAAGGGAUUUUUAAAACAAUUACUUAAUCAAUAUCAAGUUGACGGUAUUGAGUGUCCGAAACUCGUUAACUUAACCCGCACUCAAGGUGAUAUAGCACGACCGGCAUUGAAUCGCUACUAAACUGUAAACGUAAUAACAUAUAUUUCAGUCAGCUACUCUGACACUCAGGAUAUAGACAAUAAAACGCCUUUUAGACACUUUGGAGUGCAGGUUCUUGUUAACUUUCCAUAAAAGUAUGUUUAUGUGCUGUUUAAGGACAAACACUACUCGGUUUCUUAUCUCAAUCGUGAUUUCAGUUAAUGCAAUAUUUCAAAUGACAAAGCGAAGGAUAACAAUAAUGAAUAAAUAAAUUAAGAAAUAAAUAACUAACUUUAUUCAGUAACGUUUCAAAAUUCGAGCUCGCUGUAAAACAGUAAGCUAAUUGAGGACACCUAUACUAAUAAAAAUUAUAAAAUCCAGUCGUAAAUAAGAUUAAUUCUAAGAUUACGAGACGUAGUUAAUUACAGCAUAAAAGACAACUAUUUACAAUUUUGGCUCAUAAGUUAACCUAUGCUAAUAAAAAUGAUUAAAAUUCCAAUCAUGCAAAAUUGUUUCUAAUGUACAAGGCAAGGUUAGUUAGAACAUAAAAAAAAACAAUUGCUACAAUUUUCGCUAAUCAAUUCGGUCAAGUUUAGUUUUCUUACCCGACUUCCAAAUUUGUUCAGGGUUUCUGACUUUCUAAAGUCUUCGUUCAGCUUUGCCCACAGUUUAGGCCCUAGAUAUCUCACGCUGUUUUUCCCAAUAGCUCUUUAUGUUAUCUGUAUUACGUGACACGUCUUUGUACAGCUGAGGUCAUU